GGGAAGAGCCACAGCGACUGGCUGUUUUUCCUGGGGCUGUCCUGGGCUGGGUCUAUACAUAACAGUUUCCCUUGGCGAAACCUCUCCUCUCAUCCCAGCCUCCCAGCUCUGCCACUUGUGCGCUGCUACCGCGCACUCGCAGCUCCCUAGCGACAAGAAGGGGAACGAGCACAGCGGGUGGAGCGAGGAGGGGUGCGCGAGUGGGAGGCACCUCCCUCGGGAGGCUGGGAAAUCCCGACCGUCACCAGGGGCUGUGCCACCGCCCUCGCGGGACCGAGGCUUCCAGCGUGUUCCCAACUUUGUGGCGCCCUCAGGCAGUGGCGGCGGGAAUGGAGCUGCCUCAUAGCGGCCGGACACCGCUGGGCUCACCGCUGGACAGCUGCUCCCUGGCCUCUCUCGACUCCAGCGUCUUCUGCAGCGAGGGUGAAGGGGAGCCCUUAGCGCUUGGGGACUGCUUCACGGUCAACGUAGGCGGCAGCCGCUUCGUACUCUCGCAACAGGCGCUGUCUUGCUUCCCGCAUACGCGCCUUGGCAAGCUGGCGGUGGUGGUGGCCUCCUACCGCCGUUUGGGAGCCCUGGCUGCAGCGCCCAGCCCCCUAGAGCUCUGCGACGACGCCAACCCAGUAGACAACGAGUACUUCUUCGACCGCAGCUCGCAGGCGUUCCGCUAUGUCCUGCACUACUAUCGCACCGGCCGACUGCACGUCAUGGAGCAGCUGUGCGCGCUGUCCUUCCUUCAGGAGAUCCAGUACUGGGGCAUCGACGAGCUCAGCAUCGACUCCUGCUGCAGGGACAGAUACUUCAGAAGAAAGGAGCUGAGUGAAACUCUAGACUUUAAGAAGGACACAGAUGAUCAGGAAAGCCAACAUGAAAGUGAACAGGACUUCUCACAAGGACCUUGUCCCACUGUCCGCCAGAAGCUCUGGAAUAUCCUGGAGAAACCUGGGUCUUCUACAGCUGCCCGAAUCUUUGGGGUCAUCUCCAUCAUCUUCGUGGCGGUGUCCAUCGUCAAUAUGGCCCUGAUGUCAGCUGAAUUAAGUUGGCUGAACCUGCAGCUGCUGGAGAUCUUGGAGUAUGUGUGCAUUAGCUGGUUCACCGGGGAGUUUGUCCUGCGCUUCUUGUGUGUGCGGGACAGGUGCCGCUUCCUGAGAAAGGUGCCAAACAUCAUUGACCUCCUUGCCAUUUUGCCCUUCUACAUCACUCUCUUGGUAGAAAGCCUGAGCGGCAGCCAGACCACACAAGAGCUGGAAAAUGUGGGACGCAUCGUCCAGGUUUUGAGGCUGCUCAGGGCUCUACGAAUGCUAAAACUGGGCAGGCACUCCACAGGAUUGCGCUCACUUGGGAUGACAAUCACCCAAUGUUAUGAAGAGGUCGGCCUACUGCUCUUAUUUUUAUCUGUGGGAAUUUCUAUAUUUUCAACCAUAGAAUAUUUUGCGGAGCAAAGCAUUCCUGACACAACUUUCACAAGCGUUCCUUGUGCAUGGUGGUGGGCUACAACAUCCAUGACUACCGUGGGCUAUGGGGACAUUAGACCAGACACUACCACAGGCAAAAUUGUGGCCUUCAUGUGUAUAUUAUCAGGAAUCCUUGUCUUGGCCUUGCCUAUUGCUAUUAUUAAUGAUCGCUUCUCUGCUUGCUACUUCACCUUGAAACUCAAGGAAGCAGCUGUUAGACAGCGUGAAGCUCUGAAGAAGCUUACCAAGAAUAUAGCCACUGACUCAUAUAUCAGCGUUAACUUGAGAGAUGUCUAUGCCCGGAGUAUAAUGGAGAUGCUUCGAUUAAAAGGCAGAGAAAGAGCAAGUACAAGGAGCAGCGGGGGAGAUGAUUUCUGGUUUUAAAUUGACUUCUAAUUUAUCUAUAAAAGUUGUGUACGAUUAAUCAGAUUGAUAAAGCCUUGACAUGGAUAUCUGUA